AAGUUAUCGAUUGACAGGCUCGAUAGCUGUAUUGGCGCUCUUUCUUGUUUACGGCAUUUCAUUUUCUGCUGAAAUUCGCAAAUUUUGCUUGUUGAAUCGUAAUAAACUGAGAGAUAAUUAUGGAUGCCUUUGAUCCACGCUCAAUUAUCAAUGGCGGCAUGCUGAAACAGUUUUCCGGCCAAACCGUGAGCAUAAUGGUUCGCGUGGAAAGCGUGGCGGGAUCCACUUUGCUGGCCAGUUCCACGGAUAACCACAAGCUGAAGAUCAAUCUGCCGGGAGAGCUGGGCGCCGCCGAAGGAGCCUGGGUGGAGGUCAUUGGAGUGCCCCAUGGUGCAGACACCAUCAGGGCCAAGGAGAUCAUUGAGUUUGGCGGCGAGAACAUCGACUUCGAUAAGGAUGGCUAUAAUGGAUUGAGCCACCUGAUUAACAAUGUCAAGGCCUUCUAUCGCAGUGGCUAGGAUAUCUACAAUUAUAUCUAAGAAUAAAUAUAACGUACUUUAAA